AUUCUCUCCUGAUCCCUAGCUAGGGACAAUCCUCUCCUUUGGACCCUUCUUUAGCGCCAGUACUCUUAUAGACACGCUCGUACAUAAAAACCGAGCUCUACUAGGGCUCGUCUGGACCAUGGGCAAGCCGCGGAUGAUUAUAUUGAUCCGCCAUGCCCAGUCAGAAGGAAACAAGAACCGUGAAAUCCAUCAAACGGUCCCGGACCACCGGGUGAAGCUAACAGAGGAAGGUCAUAAACAGGCGCGCGAGGCAGGGUACAAGCUGCGCUCUCUCCUCCGGCCCGAUGACCGGGUACUAAUCUAUACAUCCCCUUACUGUCGGGCACGGCAGACCACAGAAGGCAUUGUUGAGUCUCUUUCAUCCGAUGAACCCUCCCCAUCCCCUUACAAGAGGAACGCCAUCAAAGUAUAUGAGGAGCCGCGACUACGAGAGCAAGACUUCGGCAACUUCCAACCAUGCGCCGCGGAGAUGGCAAGGAUCUGGCAGGAAAGGGCGGACUAUGGCCACUUUUUCUAUCGAAUUCCCAAUGGGGAGUCUGCAGCGGACGCAUACGACCGAGUGAGCGGCUUCAACGAGUCUCUUUGGAGACAAUUUGGCGAGGAUGACUUUGCCAGCAUCUGCGUUCUUGUCACACAUGGACUCAUGACGCGGGUCUUCCUCAUGAAGUGGUAUCAUUGGAGCGUGGAGUAUUUUGAGGACCUGAUGAACAUUAACCACUGCGGCUUCGUGAUCAUGAAACUCAAUCCGGACACCGGCAAAUACGAUCUUGAGACAACUCUAGCGAAAUGGUCUGAGAAGGAAGCGCAAGCAGAAGACCAGCAGGAACCACAUAAACGGAAAUGGGGUGGUUGUGCCGACGGAUGUAAACAUGGCGCCUCGGCCUCCGAGAAUAAGCGGCUGCGGUCGGAUUCUAAGGUAUCAUCAGAUGGGGAUGUCGGAGAAGCAAAUCGCUUGCCAGACUCCCCAGAGCCGCAACGCACUUACGUCUUAGAACAAGGAGACAGUGACGACAAAUAUGCUAGAACGGGUCGUCGUUGAAACCGACAUUCUUCCUCACCCUAUUUUAGUCUCCAGCCAAUACGAAUACCCUCUCCGAUUCCAGCUUUAACUCUCAACCAGAACAGGGGUGAGAUCAUCCCAGUGAAAUAUCCCGUUAUCGUCGAAAUGCUGUACGAAAUGAGUUGCCACACCAUAUAUCUUCAGAGAAACGGAGGAUAGUGACGACAAAGCAUAGAUCCAACCUCAAACUAUCAUUAUUCUUUCAGGGAAUUGGCGUCCCCCAAUGAACAAGACCUAGCCACGGAGAAUCAGUGGCUUUCUUUGAAAGCAGCAGUACGACCUUGAGAUUAGAGUAUCAGGGAUGUUAUCUUGGGGAUGAACAGAGAUGAGAGAACAAGACUUGCAUUAUUAUAUCUAAAUAAAAGAAUAAAAAAUCCAUUAAACAGCAUAGCAUCCUU